AUGUUGAAUCCGCGAGGAGCACUGAUACAGUCAUACCCUGUUGAGCAUGACCUUCACCUCCAAGGCACUCUGUGGCAGGCCGCAGGUGUCCAUGUCAUCCCCGGCUAUUGGGAUUUACAUACUGAAAUUGACAAUUUGCGCAAUCUCACCUAUUGCAAUGACUACACAAACCCCAAUUGGACAGUCCACGGGGAGCCACUAACAAUCUGCGCCGAGCCGUAUGCAACCGAAGUGCCACUAGAACACCCGGACCACAACUUUGGUGGAGUCACCUACGAAAUCUUCCGCCAGUGGAACCCGACAAAUGAAGAUGUCCCCAACAUGGGUGGUUUUAUCGAGCGCCAAUCGGAGAGGCACAAUGCUACCCCUGGAGAUUCGUCAUUCGUGAUCAAGCCCUUGAACCAAAAGAAGAGCGCCACUCUGGUGGAGCUGGCAAACAAUUGCGCCUUCUUUGAUUCAUAUUUCGCCGAGCACCCGGGUCCCACUAACCCCAACCGCCAAUUCGCAACUUCGGGUUCGUCCUGUGGUUUUAUCGAUAACACUGAUCAGUCUGCUGGGUUUUAG